AUGGUGGGGUAUUCGGGACUCAUUAUUCUUGAGAUCUUGGAGGCGAUCGAGAAGGAAGCAGGUCAGCCAAUCAAAGAUAUGUUUGACUGGAUCGGCGGAACAAGUACCGGAGGGAUAAUUGCUUUGGGCAUUGCUACCGGCAAGCCAAUAUCUCACAUUAAAGAAAUGUACAUGCGACUAAAGGAUCAAGUGUUCAGCGGCUCCAGGCCGUACGAUUCUGCACCGUUAGAAACCUUUUUGAAGCAGGAGUUUGGGGAAGCAACUGUAAUGUCGGAUAUUAGGUACCCAAGGGUGCUGGUAACAAGUGUAGAAGGGGAUCACGAUCCGUGGAAGCUUCACAUGUUUCGUUCCUACAUGAUCAUAAACGAAGAUAUAGAGGAUGGAUGUGAACAAAUCGAAGAACCACAAAACCAUUACAUCUGGGAGGUUGCCCGCUGCACGUCUGCUGCUCCGUCCUACUUUCAUCCGUACAAACAGUUCCUGGAUGGAGGCUUGAUGUCCAACAAUCCAACCCUUGACAUUCUCACAGACAUUCACCAGUUUAUCAAACCAUUGCCGCAAAUGCAAAAUGCUGAAAAGAAUGAUUCACCAUUGCCGCAAAUGCAAAAUGCUGACAGGAAUGAUUCACCAUUGCCGAAAAUGCGAAAUGCUGAGAGAAAUGAUUCACCAUGGCCGAAAGUGCAAAAUGCUGACAAAAAAUUAAAACCAUUGUCGAAAAUGCAAAACGGCGACAAGAAUGAUCCACCAUUGCCGCAACCAUUGCAAAAUGCCGACAAGGAGGAUAUUAAAGUUGACGAUGCUGACGCUGCAAAAAGUCAAAUGGUGAUUAUUUUGUGCAAAAACAACUAUUUUUAG